AAACUGCCGAGAAAGGCAGAGCACGGAGUAUAUCACGUGCUGAUAGCAGUACGUCUUGGAGGCCUGAUAAUAAGAUCGGGACUUCAGAAGAAUCUAGUACAUUUGUUGGAAACCCUAUACCUGAAGUGUCGCAAAAUGGUUCAAAAGAGAAAGAAACCUCCGAUUUCAAUGGUAAAUUAACUUCUUUAAUGUGUGCAAUGGAAUUAAAACAAAAAAAUCUAAAUGGAAAUGUCGUUUGUUACAUAGAGUCAACAUUGUACUUGGCCAAUGUGGACCAACUUUUUGGCCCUGGAGUCGAUCUCAAUGCACCUCUGGAUUCUGGCUCGUCGGCUUUUGAUAAGUUUCUGUCAAAACAUAAUAAACUUGCCAUGGCCGAAGAUAAUAUUCCUAAAACUGGUGUCGUAAAAAAUGCUGAGAUAAUUCCCCGAGAACAAGGAACAUCUCGCUUUGCCAGGUUUUUUUCUCAUAAUGUAGAUGAAAGCUCACAAGAAGUGGAACACAAAAAUGAAAGACACCCAGUGUUUCCUAUACCAACGCAAGGUCAUCCGGCUCCAAAUGAAUUAAAACCUGGUCCAAUUAGUCUUGAUACAUUGUUUCAAAGUCAAGCAGCAACGUCUUCUACAGUUGCAGCUACUUCUCCUCGUAUGACUGAUGGAAAGCGAAUGCUUUCAAGAAUGCUCACUGAAGACGAAGUUUUGCAGACAAUUGGAGCAAAACCAUCUAUUAAACCGGAAUCUAAAGAGCGUAAUUACGAAGAUGAAGCUGCUAUGUACAAAAUAUACGCAGCUUUGCAAAAAUCUACAGAGUUGCCAAGGCCACCGCAAUCUAAUAUGCCAAUAUCGUUAUCCAAUCAGUCCUCAGCGCACCAAUCUGCAAUAUCGCACACGGGAUUGCCUUUUAACGAUCCUUCUAUUAUCAGUGCGCAGAAGUCAACUCCGGGGGUAAAAACUAGCCAGCAUCAAUCAAAACUUGAUAUUUCAAAUCGGCAUUUAGGACUUUCCGAAUUACCUUCUACCGACUCAGCGAAAAAAAUUAAUAUGCUCUUCGGAGGCAAUGUACCAACUUCAGUAUAUCGCCAGUUGAGUUCAAGGUCAGAUAAUGGUUCCAGAGAGUCGUCAGCCGCAUCUUCACCGGCAUUAAAAUUCAAUACCAAACCUAUUAUUUCCAACUUUCAACAUUCACCGCAAUCAUCGGCACAUAUUCAUGAUAUCCACGCGCCGAUGUUUAAAUCACCUCCAUCUCACUCCCCCAAUCAUCCUCAUCAACAAA